GAAAUUACCCCUUCCCGUCUGUCCAGCGCGUGUCCAGCGCGGAGAUUAAUUUCCAGUGGCUACCGAGCUUUCGGAAGAAGGUGAUCGUUAACCCAGAUAAGGGAACAUCGGAACUGACGUAGAUAUGAUAAAGGGCGGAAUCCGACUGGUCUCAUCAUCUCGGGAGAAGAGUCGCGUGCUGCGCGCUGGAAGAUGGAUCGGAUUCGUCGCAUUCCAAGGAAUCUCGUGGGCGAGACGAAGGCAAUUUUAAUGCGUCUUCCUUCGCCCGUUCCUCGCGCCAGAAAUUAUCGCUCGCUUCUCCUCCUAUCAUCGACGAUUCCAGGGAAUGAAAUUAAAAAUGCAUUGCAUUAUCGGCGAUUUCGAAAUCGAUACACGCGUCUUCGCGGGAAUAUCGACGAGUUCGAUUAUUCGCGGCUGUGCUCGGGAAUCGGGGUUACCCCCUUAUAUUCCAAUUAGAAAUGCAUUAAAAUUGUCACGAGGAGUAAUUUAAACUGGAUAGCCGUGCAUGAUAAAUCGUUCGUCGAAGCGAUCGUUCGAAACUUGUUCCCCGAUUGUUCCUCGUGGCUCGCGUUUCGAGAGGUUUCCCCUCCUCUUCUCUCUCUCUCUCUCUCUCUCUUUUUUUAGAUGUUCGAGCAGAAUCGCGAGAAACAAGAGAGGAGCGGAAGGAAGAAGAACGCUUUCGAGUAUCUUCAAUUCUCUUCGGUUCUCGUGUAUCCGAAUCUCGGUUCUAGGACGGCAGAAAGAUGGGAUCUGGUUUACUGUUUCCAUCGUGGCCAGCAACUACGCAUUUCCGCUCGUUGAAUUCCUCUGUGGGAAUGAACGGUGUUCGCUUGGAUCAGAUACGAUACGUUCGGCUGAACCAGAUCCAUGUACCAGAAUCCGACCAAAUCGCCGAUCGUAGUUGCAGCAGCCCACGAGAAUUCCAUGGAGGGACCCACCAGAGUUCCAACCAGAGUUCCUCGAGACGAGAUUUCCACGAGAAGCGGGAAGAGCAACGCGACGACGGGGCCCGCCUUUGCCUGUAGCAACGCCGUAACGCCGAUGUUUAUCCACAAGUUAUGCUGUUCGGAUUUCGCUAUUCUCAUCGAGUUUGGCGGUGUGCCAGGAACCUAAAACUGGCUUGCUUAACUUCUACUACGUAGAGCAGGAAAAUAGAGGAGUAUCCGUUGGUGACAUAACGAGACAUGUCUGCAAAUCCAGGAUUUGAGAAUACCGAGUUAAACGUGUUAGAGACUGGUCAUCUGACAGACGAAUCGAUAACGGAAAACAAGGGGACAAGAGAAAAAUCAAGUGAUUAUAUACAAUCGGUAUACGAUGCAUUGGACGAUUUCCUUUCGAAGCAUCAUCGAGUAGUUCAUUUUUUCUUGAUGACUCUAGGGAAUUUAAUUGUAUUAAUUUAUUUUAUUUUUGCCACAAUAUAUUGGAAAAAUAAUUACAACUAUUUCGAUUGGUGCCAUGGUUAUGGUUUGCUACUCCUUAUAUUAGUGAUCGUUUAUGGCUUAAUUUUUUAUCAUUAUGCCCUGAAACCUUUGUUUGGAAAAAUAUUCGUUUAUUGUCAUUGGCCAUAUCUCAACAAUAUCAUCAACAAUUUCCAAAAGAUAAAAUAUGGCAACAUUAUCGGUCAAACAAUAAUUUAUACAUGUAUCUUUACUGCUAUCAUUGUAUUCCUUAUUAUCGACACUGUAAACUCGAGAGAAAGAUUAAUGAGUGGAAUCGGAAUCAUCGUAUUGAUAAGUUUAGGAUGGAUAUUCUCAAAGCAUCCUAGUCACAUAAAAUGGAAACUCGUCUUGAACGCAUUGAUCGUGCAAAUUAUCUUUGGUCUUUUUACGAUACGAUGGUCUGUUGGUCGAUCUAUUUUCCAAUGUAUUGCCGACAAAGUAGAAUCAUUUCUCAACUUUGCAAAGAUUGGUGCAAGCUUCGUAUUCUCCGAUAAAUUGAUCGCAGAUGGCAUUUUUGCUUUCACCGUCCUGCCUGUGCUCUUUUAUUUUAAUUUUAUCAUUCAAAUGUUGUACUAUUUAGGUACUAUGCAAUGGAUUAUCUUCAAUCUGGGUAAAUUUCUGCAAAAACUCAUGGGAACUUCGAUUUGUGAAUCAGUAGUUUGUGCUGGAAAUAUUUUUAUUGGAAUGACAGAAACACCGUUAAUGAUCAAACCUUAUUUGAACAAAUUAACUACUUCGGAAUUGCACACUCUCAUGAGUUCGGGUUUUGGUACCGUUUCAGGAACUGUUCUUGCCGCAUAUAUUAAUUUUGGUGCAAAUCCUGCUCAUCUGAUAACCGCUACUUUGAUGGCAGCACCAGCAACUCUCUGUUACGCUAAAUUAUUUUAUCCGGAAACUGAAAAGAUUAUAAUUACUUCCGAUAAUGUAAAAUUAGAAAAAUCAAAAGACACUGGUUUAAUAGACGCAGCGAGUAAAGGUGCUACGGCAGCAAUUCCUUUGGUAUUGAAUAUAAUUGCUAAUAUUGUUGCGUUUGUGUCCUUUAUCGCAUUAGUAAAUUCUCUAUUAUCUUGGGUAGGAUCACUAAUUGGUUAUGAAAAGUUAAGUUUCGAACUUAUAUUAUCGAAAGUAUUUAUACCUAUAAGUUGGGUCAUGGGAGUACCUUGGGAUCAUUGUGAGGAUGUAGCAACUUUAAUAGGUUUGAAGACUACAGUAAAUGAGUUUGUCGCUUACAAAGAAUUGGGAAAAUAUAAGAAAGAAGGUCGAAUUUUUGGUAGAAUUGAGGCUAUAGCUACUUUUGCGAUUUGUGGUUUCGCGAAUCCUGGUUCCGUUGGAAUCACUAUAAGCAUAUUGACUUCUUUGGCUCCUGAUAAAAAAGAAAUUAUAAGCAAUAUUGUCAUGAGAGCUUUCAUUUCUGGAUGUGUUAUCACUUUUCUUACAGCCAGUGUCGCUGGAAUGCUGGUACCUGAUGAUUAUGAACAUAUAAAUGCGUUUGUAUCAAAUAGGACUCUUAGUUAAUAUAAUAGUUAAUAUUUUAGGUUAUUAUGUUUGCCACUUCUAUAUAAAAUAUUUGUAAAAUAUAUGUAAAUAGGUAGGAUAAAUAAGAAAAUCUACAUUGUUUCAACUUAA